CGCUGGCCCCUCCUGUGGGUGGGUGGCCCCGCGGCGGGCUGGGUGUGUCUCGCUCCGAGGCGGCGCGGCGCGGCUUGUCCCUCACUCUGCUCCGAGCCCAGGCCCGACCCGCCGCCCCAGCCGCGCCGCGCACUCCCGCCGCCAUGGAGGCUUAUCACAAGCCCGACCAACAGGCGCUGCAGGCCCUGAAGGACGCGGCCAACCGGCUGCGCAUCAGCUCCAUCCGGGCCACCACCGCCGCCGGCUCCGGCCACCCGACAUCAUGUUGCAGUGCUGCGGAGAUCAUGUCUGUGCUCUUUUUUCAUACCAUGAGGUACAAAGCAAAAGAUCCCCGAAACCCCAGCAAUGACCGGUUUGUACUCUCAAAGGGCCACGCGGCACCAAUUCUGUAUGCUGCCUGGGCAGAGGCAGGCUUCCUACAAGAACCAGAAUUAUUAAACUUGAGGAAAAUUGAUUCCAUUUUGGAAGGACACCCUGUACCAAAACAACCCUUCACUGAUGUAGCUACUGGAUCCCUUGGUCAGGGACUUGGUGCUGCCUGUGGUAUGGCCUAUACUGGCAAAUACUUUGAUAAAGCCAGCUAUCGAGUCUAUUGUCUGCUUGGGGAUGGGGAACUAUCUGAAGGCUCCGUCUGGGAGGCAAUGGCCUUUGCUGGGUUCUACAAGCUGGACAAUCUGGUUGCUAUACUUGACAUUAACCGUCUUGGACAAAGUGACCCUACGCCUCUGCAGCAUCGUGUUGAGAUCUACCAGAAACGCUGCGAAGCCUUUGGCUGGCAUGCUCUCAUAGUGGAUGGGCACAGUGUGGAGGAGCUUUGCAAAGCCUUUGGCCAGACCAAAAAUCAACCAACUGCUAUUAUCGCAAGAACUUUUAAAGGCAAAGGAAUAUCAGGUAUUGAAGAUAAGGAAAACUGGCAUGGUAAGCCCCUCCCAAAAGACAAGGCUGAACAAAUCAUUCAGGAAAUUGAUGACAAAAUCCAGAGCAAGAAAAAGCUUUCCCCAGCCCUCCCAGAAGAGGAUGCACCAGUCGUAAAUAUUAGAAACAUUAAGAUGUCAUCUCCACCAAAUUACAAACUAGGAGAAAAGAUGGCUACCCGCAAAGCUUAUGGCCUUGCACUUGCAAAAUUGGGCCAUGCCAACGACCGAGUAAUUGCUUUAGAUGGAGACACAAAGAAUUCCACCUUCUCUGACCUGUUUAAGAAAGAACAUCCCAGCCGCUUCAUUGAAUGCUAUAUUGCUGAACAGAACAUGGUGAGCAUUGCAGUUGGCUGUGCCACUCGCGACAGGACUGUUGCUUUUGCGAGUGCUUUUGCCACCUUUUUCACCAGAGCUUUUGAUCAGAUCCGUAUGGCUGCCAUUUCUGAGAGUAACAUCAAUCUCUGUGGCUCUCACUGUGGCGUUUCUAUUGGAGAGGAUGGACCUUCUCAGAUGGGGCUGGAAGAUCUGUGCAUGUUCCGUGCUGUUCCCAAUUCAACUGUCUUUUAUCCUAGCGAUGCUGUAUCCACUGAAAAAGCAGUAGAAAUAGCUGCUAACACUAAGGGCGUUUGUUUCAUAAGGACCAGUCGUCCUGAAAAUGAAGUUAUCUAUAGCAGCAACGAGGACUUCCAGAUUGGACAGGCCAAGGUGGUGGUCAAGAGUAAGGAUGACCAGGUCACUGUUGUUGGAGCAGGAGUGACUCUGCACGAGGCACUAGCUGCAGCAGAGCAGCUGAAGAAAGAAAAAAUCUACAUCCGAGUGAUUGAUCCAUUCACUAUAAAACCCUUGGAUAAGAUGACCAUACUUGAAAAUGCAAGAGCAACCAAAGGCAGAAUUAUCACUGUGGAAGACCAUUACCCUGAAGGUGGCAUUGGAGAAGCAGUGUCAGGUGCUGUAGUUGGAGAGCCUGGUAUCACAGUCACUCGCUUGGCUGUAUCCCAUGUGCCAAGAAGUGGGAAACCAGCAGAGCUCCUUAAGAUGUUUGGCAUUGAUAAAGAUGCCAUUGUGCAGGCUGUUAAAGUGGCAGUUUCCAAAUCAAGGAAUGCAGAGUAGUUUGAAGCAUUGCACGUUGUGUUACAUCGGACCAGUGUUCAAAACAAUACUGUAACUUGGAGGAGAAGGUGCUUAAAAUAUUUGCAGAGAAGGUCUAAUAAAAAUACAAGAUUUAAACAAAA